AGGCUCCGCUCCCCUUCUGAUCACCUUGCACCGUCUUUUGUACUCCCUGCAAACUGAAGACGAGAUCUUGAAUACUCUAUGCAGCUUUUAUUUGCAGCGUCUCCUGGGGUAGUAAACUUUACUAGCUGAAAGGCAGCUUAGAGUCAUCUUCUUGAAUGCGUUUUUCAAUGCGAUGCGCGCACGGAUGGCAUAAUUUUCGAAUGACUGAAUGCUACUUGCUAUGUAGUAUUAAGUCAGGUAAGACUACUAAUCUCUCUAAGCCAGGUUUGUAAGUGUACGUAGAAGCAAGGCAUUCAAUACUUGUCCUGCUUAUUCCGAUUGGUUCGUUUGUUGUGUCUCAGAGUAUUACGAGUGAGACAGAUCGUCUAGAAAGCACUAGCAUAUCACAUUUCCUUUUGCAAGGAAGACAACCGAGGAAAAUCAAGAUGUCUUCAGGCAGUGGGAGCACCGCGUUGUUGUCGGGGUCGUAUGUUUGCACACAGGAUGAUGCUUUGGAGCGAAGUUUUCAGCAGUGGGCAGAAAGUGGGGCCACUAGCUGCGAACUUCACACCGGAGUUGGUCCAUCAAGCGAGAAACUCGUAGCAAACGUGUACGCUAUGGCUAAGGAGAUCCCCGCGAAGGUCGAGAUGCUUGGAGGUGGUCUCUGCCGGAUUACCAGAAAAGCAGAGUCAUAAUCGAAGCUUCACUAGAUUCACCCUCGUUCCAAACUACUUAGAUGCAUCCUCGGAUCAUGUCCACUGUCAUUCGCUGAUUGGAGAACGACGAAUACUGCGAAGACAAGUGUCUGUCGUUCCUCUGGAGAUAUGGCCGAGCGGUUCUACUCUCAGCUUACGUCGUGUUGUCACCGCGACCACGCUCGGUCAAGGUAGAAGGCACGACUACCACUCUCUUGUGGAAAAAGCCUUUGUGUUGCGAAUCUGUAGAAGAUUCUCAAGCCUCUUCCUCAAGGAUGUUCCCGUCAACCCGAAAUCGAAAGAGAGUCGACUUCUCGUUGGCAUAAAAU